AUGCAUAUCUAUACAACAUGUGGUGUUUGGGAGUUUGGAGCAACCACGGGAUGGGUUUUUACGGCUGAUGAGAGAGGGGCUAGGCUACUGUUAUUGGAAUCAACUUCUACCUUAGAGGAUUUUAAAAGAAUGGUUUUGGAAGAUUUUGAUAUGGAAGAAGAUAGCUUACCCGAUUUGGAGUUGAGUUAUCUACCUAAUGAGUUGAUCAAUACAUCAACUUGUCCGCCUGUGAUCAUUGCAAAUGAUCGACAGCUUCAGAAUUUUGUUUGUUUUGUUCAAAAGUGUGUUUCUACUCGAUUGUGUGUAACAUCUAAAGCCAAAGUUGAGAAUCUGAAUGAACCAGACUUUGAUCUUAACAAGUCGCCAGCUGAUUCAACUACUGCUCAAGAGGAGGGAAACUCGGUUGAUAGGGGGAAUGAACCAGCUCCUGUGUUUGUUGAGAGGCAGUGCGAGGAAAAGAAAGAAAAGAUUAGAAGAGUCGAAGUUGAUGAGGAUGCCUAUCAUGCCGAUACCAUGAUCUCGGCCAAAGAGGACGUACAUAAGAUGUCAAAGUUUUCUGUGCUCAAUGUUGUUAAGAAGGGACAAUUGUUUGAGAACAAAACUUUGUUGAAGGCGACUUUCGAGAUAUGUGCAAUGAAGCAUAACUUUCACUAUGAGGUUAUCAAAACGGAUAGACAACUUUGGUACGUUAGAUGUGAGGAUAAUGCAUGCAAUUGGUGUGUUCGAGCAGAGUGUUUGCAGGAUUCUGAAUAUUUCAUUAUCAAAAAGUAUGUCGGUGAACAUACAUGUGCACCUUCAAACAAAACCAAACCGGGUAGGACUGCUUCGGCCAAAACUAUAGGCAGUCUGAUUAUGCAUAGGUAUGAAGGGGUUAAGGAAGGGCCGAAAUGCAAUGAUAUAAUACAGAUUAUGCUUAUGGAUCAUGGCUGUGAGAUCACGAAAUCUUUAGCAUGGGAUGCUCGUGAAUAUGCGGUUAAUGCUGUUAGAGGUAUACCAGAGAGAAGUUAUGGAAAAAUACCGAAAUACUUGCACAUGCUCAGAGAGGCUAAUCCGGGAACACAUUCAUCGUAUGAGAUUGACAGCAAAGGGAGAUUUCGGUACCUGUUUAUUGCAUUUGGGCAAUCGCUACGAGGAUUUAACAGAGUCAUAAGGAGGGUUAUUGUGGUUGAUGGCACUUUUCUGAAGAACAAAUACAAAGGAGUUCUAUUGGUUGCAACUGCUGUAGACGGAAAUUCUAAUUUGUAUCCUCUUGCAUUCGGAGUAGUCGACUCAGAGAAUGAAAAUUCUUGGGAAUGGUUUAUGAGACAACUAAAUAGUGUCAUUGCUGAUGAUCAUCAUUUGGCUUUCAUUUCGGAUAGACAUGCGGCCAUUGCUAAGGCGCUUGAGACUGUGUAUCCAACAGCUAAACAUGGUAUUUGCAUUCAUCAUUUGUUGAAUAAUGUGGUAACAUAUUACCAUGGGAAAGGACUUGUUGGGUUGGUUGCAAAGGCGUCCAAGGUUUAUAGAGUUGCUGAGUUUGAAAAGAUAUUUGCUAAUGUGUGUAAUAUCAGUCCGACAAUUGGAAAAUACCUAAGGGAUGCUGAAGUCCAAAAGUGGGCAAGAUGUCAAUUCUCUGGAUAUAGAUAUGACAUAAGGACAACAAACCCUGCCGAAUCCAUCAACUCUGCUUUGCGUUCGCCGAGAGAGUAUCCAAUCAUUCCCUUGUUGGACAGUAUCAGAGAAAUGCUGACUCGAUGUGGAGAAAAAGAUUGA